GCGAGACGAAGGGCCUUCCGGCCGCGGCGGCUCCGGCAUGAGGCUCUCGGCGGCGGCUUGGAUCUCGCACGGGCGGGUGCAGCGGCGCCUCGGGCUCGGCCCGCGCUCGCGCCUCGACCUGCUGCGGAACCUGGUCACGGGGCUGGUGCGCCACGAGCGGAUCGAGGCGCCCCGCGCGCGCGUGGACGAGAUGCGCUUCUACGCGGAGCACCUGAUUGACUACGCCAAGCGCGGCGACGGAGACCCCGCGGCUAUGCGCAUGGCCGACUUCUGGCUGACGGAGAAGGACCUGAUCCACAAGCUCUUCAAAGUGCUGGUUCCACGCUUCCAGGCUCACACGGGGCACUACACUCGCAUGCACCAGAUUCCCAACCGAGAGAACCUGGACCGAGCCAAGAUGGCUGUGAUUGAGUACAAGGGGAACGCACUCCCUCCACUUCCUCUCCGCCCCCAUGACAGUGAGAAGACCCUGGUGAACCAGCUGCUGAAGGGCUACCGGGAGGAUUUGUUGAGCACCAGAGAAGCCCAGCAGAAUCUCCCGGAGUGAUGCCCCAUGCGCUCUUUGUGUAGUGCCUCCACCCGCCUUCAUUUCUCUUGGGCCGAGCGGAGCAGCCCUCCACCGCAGCAGGUGUUCCUGACUCUUAGGCUCCAGUGGCAGUUGCAGGGUGCCCCUUUCCAUUGUUCUGUCCCCGUGAUCUCUCAGCAGUGUUGAGGGGUUGCCGUUUUGGAAUUGAGUCUGCCUUGGACAGCUUUGCUAGGCAGCACAGCUUUGUUUCGUUGCCUGGGAGCAUAAAAGGAGAAGGUCUGCUGUCUUCUUUGCCCUUGAAAUAAAUGUAGCCAAUGGACAAAUGCA